AUGAACAGCUCUAAGCCGCAGCAUGAGAAAGGAGACAUCUCGUCCCAUGAUCCCUUCGAAGUUGUUGCUGGCUGCCGCAAAUCGGAGCUCGCACUCGUUCAAACUCGGAGCGUAACAUCCAAGCUGGGCGAAACGCCCAACUCCCCCGCCUUCAGAAUCGCCACAGGCAGUGCCGUUGGCGAUGCAGAUAAGCAGACGCCCUUCAUGCUCCUGUCCAAGCAGACGGGAGGAUCAGACAUUGGCAAAAGCCUGUGGACAAAUGACCUGGAAAGGGACUUGGUGGCCGGCAAGGUCCAAUUUCUUGUCCACAGUUUGAAAGACAUGCCGACAACGCUACCACCCAAAUGUCUUCUUGGAGCUGUCCCUGAGCGCGAGGACCCUUCUGAUGCCGUUAUAAUGAGGUCCGACUCGGAAUUCAAAUCCAUCGAUCAAUUGCCACCUGGUUCCAUCGUUGGAUCAAGCUCUUUACGACGAAAAGCUCUAGUGCAGCGAAAUUGGCCUCAUUUGAAGGUAGUGGAAUGUCGCGGCAAUGUAGAUACUCGCCUUAAUAAGCUUGAUGCACCUGGUUCACAGUUUUCAUGUAUUCUCUUAGCGACCGCAGGGCUAUUACGACUAGGACUCGGCCAUCGGAUCACACAGCGACUUGAUCCUAGUAUAUUCCCGUAUGCUGUCGGCCAAGGUGCUCUUGGCAUCGAGGUUAGCACGGAACGUCAAGAUAUACUAAAGCUUGUCGACUAUGUGGACCAUAAACCGUCGAGAUGGCGCGGCAUGGCGGAGAGGGCAAUGCUUCGAAGUCUUCAAGGAGGAUGCUCGUCCCCAAUUGGCGUUUGGUCUUCCCUUGAGCCUCGGGAAGAAAACGAGCCAGCAGACACACGACAAGAACAAGAAAGAGGCUGUGAUACUGGUAACCUUGGCGUGCGAGUCCGCCUGCGAGCCACGGUUCUCCACGUAGAAGGAACGUCGCACAUUUUUGCUGAGGAUGUGGGCACUGUCCAGUGCGACAGCGAAGCAGAGAAACUCGGUGUCUCAGUUGCGGAUAUGCUUCUCCACAAGGGAGUGCGGGAUCUGUUGCCAAAACAAUUUUGA